UGUUACUCGGUAUUUCUCUUUAAACAAAACUUGAGCUUUACUUGUUUUUAAUUUACUAAGUUUAGGAGGUUGUUGAGGAGGCCAAUGAAUAAGACGAUUUUUUCGUUGCAUUGCAAAACCAUCAUAAAUAACCGGGAAGCAUGUUCGUGGAACGCUAACGCGAAAAGUUUACAGUAACGGCAGUUGACAUAUUUGUACGGUAAACAGAACCACGUCAUGUCGACCGAGAGCAGUCUGAUAACGCAGGAAUGUAGGCACGAUUAGUCACGCAACGGUAUAUAGUGGAAGAGUAUCCGAGUGGCAGAUCGCGGAUUAUCAUCAUCGGAUAUUGCGACGCCCGUCAUUUGAUGCAGCGGUAUCGUGUGGCACUUUUCAACAGUUCGUCCGUUCCUGUAUGAUCGAGCGUGAUAACGCAACGUGAGACGGACUAUCGUUUCCAGAAGAAUAAGAUCGAAGAGAGGAAGAACUCUUGUGAUGAGGCGACGCAAUGUUCGAGAACGUUGCACACUGUCACCGGCAAAAUUGGAUCGUGCCAACGUCCCAACGAGGAAGCGAAGCAUCGAGACGAAUGUUGUAGUAGAAGAUUUCUCGAGUCGGCGAUUCGAAUGAGCUUCAAGGAUACUUGUGCCGCGCGAUCGUCGUCGUCAUUGAGAGGCAUGAAUUCAUCCAGAGACGGGACGCGGAUUAUGAUCGAAUCACGUAAUGUUGCGUGGCAUAUGUCACGUGCCACGACUAAAUCGAGAUAGUUUUUCGUGGUGCAAGCGACAUUAAUCGCGAGCGCGAGCCAGUCAGCAUUUAAACGCACGCUAAGCCAAGGCGAAAAUUGAAAGCGUCGGAUUCGACGGUGCAGAUUUAAAGCGCAGACAUGUCGGGGCGACCUAACGGUCGGCUCGACGUGAAAUUGCCUGACGCCGGCUUGGUAUAAAACAGCCGGUAAUAAAGAAGAAGUGGCGUGAAGAAGAAGAGGGAACUCUUUGAGCGCAUGGCAGAAGGAGAGAGAGGAGGGGAAGAAGGAGCGAGCGAGAGGCGCAAAAUGGGAGCAACGAGAUAUGUGUUGGGCAGCGCGAUCUUAGGACUUUUUUGGAGCAGUUUACUCAAGGGCGUCCUGACCAACUCCACCAGCAGGUGCGAUUAUCCGCCCUGCUCCUGCGACCACUACGGCAGAUUGACCUGCGACUGCAAGGAGGAGGGAGAGGAAUUAAUUCUAACCACGGAGGGGGACAGACGGCUGAGUCCACACACUAGCAGGAUAGCGGUGAGCAACUGCUCAUCCGUGAUCCUCGCGAACUCAAGUCUAGUCUCAAUGACCGGAUUACGAUCGGUGGACCUGGCGAACGUGGCGAAUCUUACCCUGGUCAGACAAAGCUUCGAACUGUCGCCGUCCAGCUCGCGCACGCGAAUCACCGUGCGAAACAGCAGCAUCGACGUGAUGCCGAGUUUCGUCUUUCGCGGCGACAUCGAGGCGAUCACGUUCGAAAACGUGCGGAUCGGCCAGCUGAGUGCCUUCUCGUUCGCCAAUUUAAUUCACACGGAAAACAUACGAUUGGAAAACUGUCGCGUCGAGACGACGGAGGCACAGGCCUUUAAGAAGUUCGACGUCGGCUACCUGCACGUGAUAGACAGCACAUUCGGCGAUCAGCUGCCGAGUCGCACCAUGAACGACAUCGAGGUCUAUCACAAGUUCAUGUUGGACGGCGUGCGAAUGGGCGUCGUGAGGAGCAACGCCUUCAUCGUGAGGAGCCCGCGCACGGUGGCGAUACAGAACUGCGUGAUCGACAGCCUAGAGAGCGAGGCUUUCGACGUGACGGCGGACGGUGCCGUUAUCAUCAAGAACAACACCAUCGGCAGCAUCGGCGUGGGCGCGUUUCUAGGUAUUCGCGCGGAUCGCGAGACCAGACCGCCGCCGUCGUCGUCGUCGUCGUCCACGCACGGCCUCAUCUUCAAAAACAACAGCGUUGGAAGCUUCGAGGAGGGCUCGCUGAUGUUCGACCGCGCGAGCUUCCGACUGGAGCUCGAUAAUCUCAUCGUCUCGCAACCAUGCGACUGCCAGAUGUUACCCAUAUGGAAGAACUAUGUGCUCAACUACACGAACAUCUACUCGCGGUUCUACGCGAGAGAAAACUCGCUGGUGCCGCCGCAAUCGCAACCGCAGGAGCCCAUCAACGAGACUCCGGAGACCUUCCUGUGUCUGGACGGCGGAACAGACGGCGCGCCGAUCACCUUUGUCGAUUACGAGGCGCGUCAUUGCUCACUCGGCGGCUCCAUGCUCGUCUUCAUUCUAAUCAUCGUGGGUGCUAUUCUCGCCCUGAUAGUAUGCGUGUGUCUGAUCGUCUGGUGCUGUCGAAGACGCCGACGAAACAACAGGAAAAAAUGGAUCAGCGUGCCGACCAAUGCACCUGACGUGGUCUCGAAGAAGAACGGCGUGAUCGGCAGAGAAGCUGCAACGUCCGGCACGCCGGUCGACAGUAGGAUAACGAUGGUGGUACCAGACGGCAGAUUGUACCGAGAGACGGAGUUUCACGUGAUCGUCGAGAAGGCCGAGCCGCUCACGACCGAGUUGUAACGAGACGCCCCGGGCGGCUCGAC